CUUAGAAAACACAAACUAGUAAAGAAAAAAUAAAAGACUGUACAGAAAAUACAGUAUAGAAAUAAUAGGAACACAAAAUCGCCCAACUCCAAUUUCACCUCGCAAGAAGAAGAAGAAGAAGAAGGAGGAGGAGUUGUUUGUACCUUGGAUCACCAGCCAUGAUUCAUUUUGUUCUGCUCAUUAGCCGACAGGGAAAGGUGAGGCUAACCAAGUGGUAUUCACCAUAUACACAAAAAGAGAGAACCAAGGUAAUCCGUGAACUAAGUGGUAUGAUUCUCACUCGAGGACCAAAGCUUUGCAAUUUUGUUGAGUGGAGAGGAUACAAAGUCGUUUAUAAAAGAUACGCAAGCUUGUAUUUCUGUAUGUGCAUAGACCAAGAGGACAAUGAGUUGGAGGUCCUGGAAAUCAUACACCAUUUUGUUGAGAUUCUGGACCGAUACUUUGGAAGUGCAUACUAUAUAUUGGACGAACUUGUGAUUGCUGGUGAGCUCCAAGAAUCGAGCAAGAAAACAGUUGCACGUCUAAUUGCUGCACAGGAUUCUUUGGUUGAGGCUGCCAAAGAAGAGGCAAGUUCUCUUAGUAACAUUAUUGCACAGGCUACUAAAUGAGAGUAUGGAGGCGGCGUUCAAGCUUUUUGAGUGCAUUUAUGUUUUUCAGAUUCUCGUUUGUUGCUGUAAUCCAAUCGUGUUAUGACAUUACUUCUUCUUUCAAUGCUAUUGCAUCAUGGUUUUUGUUUAACUUUGUAGUUAAAAAUAGGAAUUUCUUUGUAGUAAUGAAUUUUCUUCUCAACCUAAGCGUGUGUUUGCUGCA